AAUAAAAUUGACUAAAAUUAUGACAUGUGGGCCCGGCACGUCAUCGAAGAUCCAUAAAACCAACGGCCCAGAUCACGCCUGACGAUUUCACCAGCGAGCGGCGCACGUUAGCGCCGAGUGAACAAAACCCUAGAAAAAAAGGAUCGCUUAUUUGUUCUCUCCCAUAAGGUCGAAACGCUUCUUCCUCUUCUCCAUCACGCGCCGCUGCUGCUUCUUCUUCCUCGCACCCUCCGAGUUCGGAACCCUAGAGGAACUCUUGACUCCCCGCAUCAAUGGCGCCGAAGAAGGAUAAGGCCCCUCCGCCCUCCUCGAAGCCCGCGAAAUCCGGUGGAGGGAAGCAGAAGAAGAAGAAGUGGAGCAAGGGGAAGCAAAAGGAGAAGGUGAACAACGCCGUGCUCUUUGAUCAGGCGAACUACGAUAAGAUGCUCUCCGAGGUUCCCAAGUUCAAGCAGAUCACUCCCUCCGUCUUGUCCGAGAGAUUGAGGAUCAACGGAUCACUCGCAAGAAGGGCAAUCAAGGAUUUGAUGGCGAGGGGUGCUAUCAGGAUGGUAUCUGCGCAUGCGAGCCAGCAAAUUUACACCAGGGCCACCAAUACCUAGAUGGAGCUCCGAGCGGCUUCUUUAGGAGUCCUUGUUUAUCAGCUCAUCUUUUCUCGCGGAAUGUUAGUGCAAUUUGAACCUGUAGUAUCUGUUUUUGCUGCUCUUCUUACUAAACAAGGAUCUUAUUUUUGACUAUUGUUUCCUUUAUUGGUAGUUACAUCAAUUUUGCUAUCUCAUGCUUUUUAAGUGUC